AUGGCAUCAAGAGAGAAUAAUUCACUUCAAGCUAUGGAAGAAUUUUGCAAACAUAUGGACAAAUGGAUUGAGGGUGAAGGAGAUCGUCGUCGUCAUGCCUUUAAUCUUGGACAAUUACUUCUGAAGGCAAAUCCAAGUUCUAGAAGCAGAGAUGGUUCCACUCGCGGUAUAUUCAUUAUCGGCGAUCAAAGCUCUGCCAAGUCUACUACUGUUAAUAGUAUUAUAAAACAAGUUACUCUUCAAAUGGGUAGUAAUACUGUUACUAAAGUCAGAACAUGGAUUGAGCAUCGAUAUGAUCCGAAUUUGGAACAUGCAGAAUAUGACUUUAAUAAUAUGGAUGAUACGAUGGAAGCACGGAUUAUCAUUCGCUCCGACAUUCCAUCGUUCGCUAUAGAUUGUUGCGACAAUCCAGGGUUGACGCCAGUAAAUGAAAGAACGCAAAGGAUCACCGAUAAUAUUACACGUCGAACACUGGAGAGAGUUUUGGAACGUCAGAACUCAAGAAAUGAUAGCAUCGUGGUGUUAUGUAUUUCGGCACUGUUCUUUGAAAAUGCGUCUUGGCCACGUCAUAUGGAUCUAAUAGAGCAAAUUAAUGGGGAUAAUUUGAUUGUCCUUGUAACAAGGAUGGAUCAGCUCAAUAUUCGCAGCAUUGCUCAAGAGAUUAAAGAUGAUGAAGAUGAAAGCAAUUCUGAUGAUGGAAAUUCGGAGCUUCUUCGCUGCAGUUCUUGGGACAUUCUCAAGUGUAUUCGCACAAAGAUUGAACGUCAAACUGGCUCUCAUUCGUUUCCAAACGGUGUACAGUUUCACUAUGCAGCUUCUAGCAGCGUCCGUUGGGAUGUGUUGACUGGACAAAAUGGGUGGAAUGCAUUUGUAAAUUCGGAAGCUGAAAAUGACAGAAAGAUGCGGGAAGUUCUUGGUAUAUGCGACGAUGAAGCAAGGCUCUUGCAUAAUGAACAAGAAUGGCGCGGUCAAGGAAUUGAAUUAAUUCCAAUGGAUCCGAGACAGCAAUCAGAAUUCGAUAGGUCUGUCGGGAUGUCAAAAUUGCAGGAAAGAUUACUCCAAAGGUUGCAUGUUCAUAUAAUAAAAGCUGCGGAGGAACUUCUUGAUUAUACGUCUAAUUGGAGAAAAGCUGCAAAAAUGGAGUUAGAUCAUGUGUCAAAACGUAUGAAACUUCCUGAUGAUCGUGCUGAAUUGAUCACUCGGUUUUGCACACAAUUUAUAUUAGUAUACCAAACUCUAUUUUCUUCACCAUUGUAUUCUCCGAAGAUUAAUGCUGACCCCUGGUUUAAAGAGUUUGGGGAAGGAGUUAAAAGAGGGCAAGAAAGUUGUGGAGAAUACGGAUGGACUUCACAAGAUAUGUGGGAAAUUUUCAAAAAUUUAGAAGACAACGAUGGAUAUGCGGAAUUUCCACCUCAAGAAUUCUGUGAUCCAAAUUUUGAUUCUUACCUGGAGGAUAUUGAAAAAUAUGUUAAAACGGCCAAAGAACCUUUAUAUACAGCACAAAUGUUAAUACAACGACUAACACAAGAAUAUACCAUGCGAUCGACCUUAAUUUAUCUACGUGACCUUGAUGUUAAAAGUUUCGUUGCGCGUCAAGUACAAUUAAGAACCUCGACCGCAUUGAGUUUCGGUCAGGCUGUUGAUCAGAAAAUCAGUGAGGAUUAUAGCCAGAUAUUCCAUAAACAUGAAAAGAGAAACUCUGGUGGUCAUCAUUCACAUGAGAUACACGGAGGUAAUCAAUGGGUAUCUAUACUUGGAGCUCUAUGUUUAUUGUUGCAUGCAGAAUAUACUAUCCGUAUUAUGCGUGAUACAAUAUUUUCUUCGUUGUUACAAGCGCAAAGUGACGAUCCAAUGCAUGGUAUCCUUGUUUCCAGAUUUGAACAAUAUUGGAAAAUGAGAAAAGAGAAAUCAAUAGAUCAGAAUCAUUAUCAAGCGCACAGCACAGAGAAUCAAAUUGCGGAAAUUAUGAAGAACUCUAGAAGGAAGCCAGGUUCUUCAAAAUUUCUUUUAUCUAAGAAUAAAGUAGCACCCAUCGAAGAUUUGUCGUGGGCGAUCUAUGCUAUGUUCUUUGAAAGUCCGUAUAAUCAUUUUAAAAAGACAUUAGAUGAACGUACUGAUUUAUUGAUGAUGACACAUGCAACAUCUCUUGUUCACUUUUACCAAUUGAGUGGAAUUUGUGUACAUCAAGAUGAAGAAUACCUUAUCCAAUGGGCAGCAGAUAAUCCGAGUUCGGCGUACGCGAGAGCCUUUCUGAUUCGGGAACCGGAUGUCAAGGACCCUAUAAAAGCUUUAACCGAUACAGUGAAUAAAAUAAAAUCACAGGGAUCUGACUUAGAUAGAGAAAUGUUAGAAAGAGUCCUAAAUAAAGAAUUAAAUAUAGAAGAUUUAGUUACCAGAGAUAAAGAAGCUAAAUUUAUUUCCCACUUAUUGGAAAAUCUUAAAAAGUUUCAAAGAGGGAGAAUGCCUAAUGACAAUAAUAACGAAUCAUCGGAAUUUGAUUCCACAAUCUUUUCGGACCUAUCGGAAAUAAUAACUGAGCGAGUAAGAGCCAUCGUAAUGGGUAAACCACCAAGCUCUGAAGAUAAAGUAAAGUUGUUUGUAAACAUCGCAGAUAUGGGCAUGAACCCAGAUUCGUUCCCAGAGACAGAAAGCAAGACAAAAAUUACUAGCAAAGAAACAUCCACUGUUAAUUACGUAUAUAGACGUCGUUUGACAAUGGGAAUUACAAGCAGUGUUAUUGACACUACUCAACAACUUGCUAAAUCGCAAUACGAGUACAGUCAUCAGCAAACCGCACCAACAUUACAGCGUGAAUUACUCGGUCGUGUCGCAUCUCUAAUACUUGGAUAUGGUUAUCCUUAUCAUCCCGAUGAACGUCCCUCAUCAAAAUGGUAUCUCUCACCGAAAGUGAUUGUCCAAUUUCUAUUAGCCAACGAAGAUAAUUUUGUAAAUGAAGAAAAUAAACCAAAUAAUCUUGAAGAAUGGAAUUGGAACUCAUUGCUUGAUCCUCGGAUGUUGGAAUCACCACUUGUUAAACGUAUCCUCUUCUUGUGUAAUCCUACAGAAAAUGAUGAUUAUGACCCUAAAACAGUGUCACAUUAUAUUAAACAGCUUGAAAAAUGUAAAUAUAACGAUAUGGAUGAAUAUAUUAUUGAAAUUCUUUCUGAUGACCGAUUUAAUUGGAAACCAGAUCAGGAGAAUUUGUAUGGAAAAGUGGAUAGUUUAAAAAAUGAAAUAAUUAAAUAUAGUAAAUGGCAUGUUUAUAUCGAAGCAUAUAAAAAAGUUGCAGAACCAGUUUUGCUACGUAAUGAAGAUUUAGAACCCGAGAUAAAUUUUGAACAGGGGGAAAUAAUUACUGAGCUUGAUGAACUUUAUGAAGGAAACGAAACAAAUUAA